GUGGUUGAUUUACAUGGUGUCACGCAGUCAGUCCACAACACGAGAACGGGGGCAUAGCGAGGCUGUGCUUUGCAGAUGCGUCUUUGUGAGAGCAUCCAUUUCACGGCGAUGACAAUUUCAAGCUAAGGAGGUGGUGCACAUUUCUCGGGGGAACCUUGCCUUUUCUCUCCUCCGACCUCGGAAGUCAGUUUCCUCGAGCAGCCGACUGACUCGCUCCUUCUCGUCGUGUGCAGUCUCAGCAGACUCAGGGUGUUUCAUAACAAGCCUGUUUACUUAGAGGAAGAGAACGGCUCCGACGCCAAUUCUCCAAUUCUAGCGGGCGUCUUGUUUGCCGAGUGGAAUUUGCGGACCGCAGCGCUAAGACGCAAAAAAAAAAAAAAAGGAAUCAACGGACGUUUCAAGUUAUCCUGGAAGUUGCGCAGUUGAGAGGAAAACAUGGAAAUUUGUGGCUGUUUGACGGUGACUGGGAAAUGCUUCGUCGUCCUCGGACUUAAAUUGUUAUUCCUUGUAACGCUAGGAGUUCCGGUUAGAAGCGGCGAUUCUGUAUUAAAGGACGUGAUUACCGUGCGACAAGGGGACAGCGCCGUGUUAAAAUGCAGUGUGGACAGUAACGUAUCAAGAGUGGCAUGGCUCAAUCGCACCACCAUUCUUUUUGCAGGGAAUGAGAAAUGGUCUCUGGACCCUCGUGUCACUUUGAUGGAAAAUGCAGCAGUCACGGAAUACAGCAUCGAGAUCCAAAAUGUUGAUGUACAUGAUGAGGGACCCUAUGUCUGUUCCAUCCUCACAAAUAAAAAACCAAAAGCCACAAAAGUCCACCUCAUUGUUCAAGUACCUGCCAGGAUCACAAAUAUAUCAAAAGACAUCACAAUAAAUGAGGGCAACAACGUCAAUCUUAUGUGCUUUGCGGUGGGUCGACCAGAGGCGAGCAUCACGUGGAGGCAUCAUUCCCCAAGAGGCUUUCAUACAUUUGUCACAGAGGGAGAGCAUCUGGAACUGGUUGCCAUCACCAAAGAUCAGUCCGGAUCAUAUGAGUGCAUUGCUUCAAAUGGCAUAUCAGCCCCUGAUGUCAGGACAAUGCAGGUCGCAGUCAACUAUCCUCCCUUAAUUUCGAAGGCAAGGGGUACAGGUACUGCAGUUGGACAAAAAGGAGUCCUUCAAUGUGAAGCCUCUGCUGUCCCUCGAGCAGAUUUUGAAUGGUACAAAGAGGAUCGUAGGCUUUUCAAUGGAAUAAAUGGGAUAAGGAUAGAGAAUCAAGGCAAACAGUCAAUGCUCAUCUUCUUCAAUGUUUCCGAGGAAGACUAUGGGAACUACACAUGUGUUGCCGUGAACACCAUGGGGAUCACUAAUGCCAGCAUAAUUCUUUAUGGACCAGGCGCAAUGCAUGACGUCAAUGGGGCAGCUGUUUUGUCCCACUUCUCCUUAUGCUCCUUGCUGAUGAUGACCUUGCUCUACCUGGUGCUGAAGUUCUGAUGUUGCAAUGGCACAACCUGCAAGCUUCUCUCUACAUUCAACAAGAACAGACUCUUUGCCUUGUAAAACGAAUAAAAAUCAAGAGGUGCCAGUGGUUAACCCUUUGUUCUGAGUUUUCUCAAUGUAUUUUCUUAUUUUAACCUAGAGUCUGUUCUCUCUAUGAAAAGCAGCAUCAAUCCAAUGAAGGGAAAAAUCGGAAUCGUGCAUACUAAUAUAUGCUGUUAAAAGUCCUGAGUUUGUGUAUCCCCCAUAAUUUUGUAUGUGAAAAGGAAAAAGAAAAUAAUAAAUGUAACUGUUGAUGGUUGACUGUUUCUUGCCAAUAUCGGAGUGCACAUUUUGAUUAUCAAUGUGUAAUGUUUAUGUGUACAAUACAGUUGAUCUUUUUUUAAGUAUGUGAUAAAAGGGAAAUGGAUUGUUGAGUUUAAUCUGACUGUAUUUUUACAGUUACAGUAUAUGCAAAAUAGAAUAAGACACUCUUCAUGAUAAGCAGUGAACAACACAUAGUACAUCAUGAAUUCUCAGGCAAGUCCUAUUACUUAAUGCAUCCAAAUUGUAUUUUACAUUAGAGUGUAGUAAAUGUAUAAAUCAGUACAGAAGAAAAACAAUUUAUGAUUUUGUUUGUUUAUGUACAGUAUAUAAAUAUUGAAAGAUUGGCCUCCACUCAAUCACUGUGUCAUAGCAGUUUCAUGGCAUAUUCAUACAAAAGGACUUAUGUGUUUUUCUCUGCUGGGGCAUGAAUUGAACAUGUUUAAAAGUACUUCACAUGUGUUCAGUUUGUAUGAGUUGUAUAAUUUGAGUAGAUGCUCUGCUUUUUGUGCAUUUUUCUUUUAUAUGUUGUCAGUCACAACCCACUUAUGCAAUCUGCAAAACGAACAGAAGAAAUUCAGAUUUGUUUUAAUUUAGAAGAGAGUGGGUCAAUGAUUUGAUGAUGUAAGUUACUGGAUUUUCAUACUGGAUGUAUGGAUUUUACAGUCACUCGAUUGUGGACCCACCAAGAAAACAAGUAAGGGAAUUUUUCAAAAGGGUCCAUUAAGGUUUUAAAUAAUUGCCAAACAGUCACAUGAAAAUUACCCACAGUCCUAUCUAUAAAAUGUAGUUUGGAGAAGAAAAAUAGCACAGCAAAGUUAGCACAUAAAUAUAAGGUAAACCUUUUGGAGAGAUAAAUUUUUUGGUUUUUUUGGUUAACGUAUCUUAAGAAUGUUUUUACUGAUGUUUUCCUUACAUCUAUUUUAGGGUAUUAAGAGGGCAAAAUAGUUCAUCCAUUGUUUUUCCGUAAUGCAUAUCCUCACUACGGUGCUGGAGCCUAUCCCAGCUAUCUUUGGGUGAGAGGCGGGGUACACCAUGAACUGGUCGACAGCCAAUCGCAGGGCACAUAUAUGCAGACAACCAGUCGCACUCAGAUUCACAGCUACGGGCAAUUUAGAGUCUUCAAAUAACCUACCAUGCAUGUUUUUGGGAUGUGGCAGGAAACUGGAGUACCCGGAGAAAACCCACGCAGGCACAGGGAGAACUUGCAAACUCCACACAGGCAAGGCCGGAUUUGAACCCUGGUCCUUAGAACUUUGAGAUAGAUGUGCUAACCAGUUGUCCACCGUGCUGCUCAAAAGAUUUCAGCGUUAUUUAUUUAUUCAAUAUUUAGUUAUCCAGGUAAGGGUGGCACGUUGGUCAAUUGGUUUGCACAUUCGCCUCACAUUUGGGUUUUCUCCGGGGACUCUGGUUUCCUCCCAUAUUCCCAAAACAUGCAUGGUUGGUUAAUUGAAGACUCUUAAAUUGUCUGUAGGUGUUAAUGGUUAUUUUUCUAUUUGUGCACUGCAAUUGGCUGGCGAGCAGUUCAGGGUGUAACCCACCUCCUACCCAAAGUAAGCAAGUAUAGGCUCUGUGACCCGAGUGAGGAUAAACAGUACAGAGAUUGGAUUGAUGAUGGAUGGACAGCUGACAUCAGAGUAAAACAAAGCAAAAUAAAAGCAAAUACAAAUACAUACACAACAAAAGUCAAAUAUAUGUGCUUCAGUUUUCAUUUGUUGCUGUUUUUGCCACAAACAAGAACAUUUCAAACAGAGAGGUCAAAUAACCUUAAAACGAAUGUACCAUGUAGCGACAUGGUGGAUCUUUCAAGUUAAAUAAAUGAGAUGCCUUUAACCCUAUUUGACAAAGAUAAAUGGCAGAUGCUGUGCUCAAUUUUGGAUGUAUAAUAUAAGUUUUAUUUUGGUACAUUUUAAUACAGCACAUUUUAUGCCUUGAAAGGAUUUUUGUUUGAUGAGAUUGUACAGCACAAGUGAGUCAUUAAGUAAUGUUAUGAUAUUGUCCAGUUAACUCAUGUGCGCACCUUGAAUUUCGUAAUGUGUCGAUGACAAAACAACGGGAAAGAAACUGAUGUAUGUGGGAAUGCUAUUCUUGUGAUCAUGUGAUAUGCUUGUAGUGUUGGUGAAUCAGUCAGCUGUAGACUGUCACUGGCCGUGAAGAUCAAAACGCCUACAAAGUUAGGGAUGAAUGUGACCCCUUUCAUCCAAAAUAGCUGAAGACAGUAUUGACGAGAAGUAUUGAUGUCAUAUUUUUUUUUCUCAUCAAACGAGGACUAGCACUGGCAUUAACUAAAAGUGUAUUAUGUGUGGUAACAUGAACAAUAACCCUUUUUUCUGUUGUAGUAUAAAUAAUUCAGGUUUAUUUUCACAGUCUGUAGUGUAUUAUCAUCGUUAAUGCAUAGCACUUUUUUGGGUUGUCAUUUCCAAAGGAUUAGCACUUUUAUGGUUUAAUUGUUAAAUAUGAAUAAUGCUGCAGAUUCUGCUUACAAUAGUCACUAUUGUGGUAUAUUGUCAUUGUAUCAUUUUAUUGAAAAUUGCAAAA